UUGGAUUCGCAAGACGUUAGCGCACCAUUUAAUUCGACCUAUAAUGCCAAGCAGGCGGAGGACAGAGCCCGGGUCGAGCGGGAGAUCCAGCUCCUGAAGCUGCUCCGGCACCCACACGUGGUGCAGCUGUUCGAGGUCAUCGAAACAGCGGGGGCGCUUUACUUAAUCAUGGAGUACGCCUCCGGCGGCGACCUCUUCCACUACAUUGUUGAAAACCAACGGGUGCCCGAACCCCAAGCCUGCCGCUUCUUUCACCACAUCAUGGCGGGCGUCGAGCACCUUCACGCGAUGAACAUCGCUCAUCGCGACCUCAAGCCGGAGAAUCUGCUCCUAGAUGAGCAAAACUGCGUCAAAAUCGCCGACUUUGGGCUCAGCAAACGCUUCGACGACAACCAGCUGCUGAGCACUGCCUGCGGAUCGCCUUGUCUCGGGCCGAGCAGUUUUAGCGGACCCA